CUUCCCCGUUCGAAAUUACACAGACCAAUCACGGGCACAAGAACACAAGAGUUGUUCUUAUAUAUUCUUGUCAGUCGUCAGGAUUUUUCAUUUAAUUUGUCCAUAUUAAACUUCACUGACCAACAAACAAAUGGCGAGGGCUAGGGGAAAUCGGCAUCAGGGAAAGAGAUCCUCUACGGUGGUUUUGGUGCUGUUCAUGCUGUUAAUGCUGUCGGUGGUGCUCCUGAUGCUCCUCGGCCUUGGCAUCCUCUCUCUUCCGAUAGGCUCCGACGAGAAAUCUUCCACUGUUGGCGAUCGAAUCAAAUUGAAGCGAUUGGAAUUAGCCAUCAAGAGUAAAGGAGAAGGAUUGAGAAAGAGUGAAGGAGAAGGAUUGGGGAAAAGAGGUGAGCAGUGGACGGAGGUUUUAUCGUGGGAGCCUAGGGCUUUCUUGUAUCACAACUUCUUGUCUAAGGAAGAAUGUGAGUAUCUGAUAAGUCUUGCAAAACCUCACAUGGUGAAAUCUUCAGUGGUUGAUAGCAAGACCGGCAAGAACCAUGGAGAAGGUCUUCAAGUUCUUCACUAUGAAGAGGGACAAAAGUACGAGCCCCAUUAUGACUAUUUUCUUGAUGAAUUCAACACGAAAAACGGGGGUCAACGCAUAGCUACUUUACUUAUGUACUUGUCAGAUGUUGAAGAAGGGGGUGAGACAGUUUUUCCGGCUGCCAUGGGCAAUUUCAGCAACACGCCAGGGUGGAAUGAGAUGUCUGAGUGUGCUAAAAGAGGCCUUUCUGUGAAGCCCAAAAUGGGUGAUGCAUUACUUUUUUGGAGCAUGAGGCCCGAUGCUACUCUGGAUCCAACAAGCUUGCAUGGUGAUAUAAGACAUUGACAAUUCUCUUGUCACGUGUCGACUAAUUUGCGACUUAACAGCAUUUGUGUUGUGAGAAUUUCGAGAAUGGUGUACGUUUCAAGAGGGGAUUUCAUUUGUUGAAAAUAAACUUUCAAGGCGACACCCUAUACAUUACUACAUGGUUAAGAAGAUAUGUUGAGUCAUAGGAUAGAGGAUGUAGACAGCUGGGAGCCACAUUUUGUAACUUGAGAAAACCAAAUGUUAGCUUAUAUAAAGUGACUGUAAAUUGUUGUACAAUACUGAAAUAUUCAAUUGUUUCAAUAGCAGAAAGCUUUUUGUCCUUGAGGGCACGUUAAAAAUCCUGUGAAAAUAAAGGAACAUCUUGUGAACUACUACGUUUCCUUUGAACAGGCAAUAUCAGUCCAUCCCUUCGGUUCCAAUCCAAAAGAAGUACGCUUUCUCCAAGUCGAGUAGAACGGAUUAAGGAGACUUUUAAUUUUUACAGGCGUGGAUAAAAAUAUUGAAAAAGCGUUUUUUUCUUUUUAGUCUGUUCGGUGAAGGAGGAUUAAACUGGAAGCAAGCGGAGGAUAAUUGUAACUUGGAGUGAUGAAGUAGACUACACCAAAUUUAUUCACCCUCGCAUAAGAUGAGAUAAAUUUAAUAUUUAUCUCAUCACAUCUGUAUGACAAUUGUAUUAGGGAAAUGUUUUCUGAGACAAAGUUUCAUAUGCUUAUGUGUGACAACAAUAAAUAUAUUCUCUUAAGGGAUACUUGAACUACACCAAGAGGGUAGGCAUCAAGAGAAAGAUGAUUACUUUCCUUUAUUCAAUUUGCGGAACUAAAAUUCUUUUCUUGUACAGUUAUCCACAUCACAAUUAACUUUCCG